ACGUUAACAUUGAAAAAGUUAGAAAAUUUUGUCAAUAAUUGUGAUAAUAAUGAGAAACGAUGAUGAUUUUAAUCUUCAUCUUUGGAAGAUGAAGAGAAAGAGAGAAGAGAAAACGAGAGAGAAGAAGAGAGAGAGAGAGACGAGGAGGGAGAUGAUGAUUUUCUUAAAGAGUCUCGAGUCCACAUCGCGUUAACUUUUCUCUAUGAUAAUUUUUUGCUUCUUCAUUUCGAGGUUAACAUUGAUCUUGCCACUUAAUUAUUUUAAAUGUUCGGUUAAUUGUUGCUCUUCACUUUUAAUUGUUACGAAUUUGUGUUAAUCAAUUGAUUAUGGAUCGUAGUCAAUUCUGUGAAUCGUUAUAAGAUCAUCAUCAAUCUUCAUUAUGAUGAAAUAUGAUUAAUAUCUUUUUCCCCUUUUCUUCUGUAAAUUGUUAUUUCUUCUCUAAUUUUCUCUUCUCAGAUAACAAUUAACACCAUAAUUAAAUCUUUAAUAACUUACAGUUUUAAUCAUCUCAGAUAUUCAAGGUAAAUUGUUCCAAUUGGAAAAUAAAACCAAACAAUUAACCAACUUUAUGACUGAUAAACUUUUAACUUUUCAUUGCGACAACAACAAUUCAUCGGGAUCAUCGUAUUCACUAAUUCAGGACUAAUUGUGUUUCUUUGUGAUUUACUAAUUGUGUUGCUCUUUUUUGGUGACAAUUAUAACCAGUGAUUGUUAUUUAGCCUAUGAAACGGACAAUCGAUACAUACAAUACAUAGAAAAUAAAAUGGCCUCUGAGACCGAAGAAAAAGACAUUGAGAAUAAGGUGGAUUCUAAAAAGUCGGGUCGUCCUUUGAGGGUCAAGUUCAUUCGUUAUGGGGCGAUCGCUGGGAUUCUCGGAACUCUAUUCGCUGCCCUUCAACCCUGGACCAUAGAAAAAGUCAUUAGUUCACAAAUUAAAAUCGACCCUUCGUUACCUGGUUAUAUGUUCUGGGAACGGGUUCCAUUGCCGAUCAUCACUAAAUUCAAUUUAUUUAACAUUGAAAAUCCUGAUCAAUUCUUGAAAGGAGGUAAAUUAAAAGUUCGCGAGGUUGGACCUUUCGUAUUAUCACAAGAAAGAUGGAAAGAGGUAAUUGAAUUCACCGAUAAAACCGUCAAGUACUACGAAUGGCGUAAUUACACAAUUCUUUACGAACAAUCAAACGGGUCUUGGGAUCAAGAGAUCACAGUUCUUAAUCCUUUGGUCGCUUCGGUUGGUGCGAUUAUCGGAGAUAAAUUGGAACAGUUAAUUCCCGUUCCGUUGGCUGUCAGUCCUUUCGUCUAUUCAACUGUUUCCGCUCUUCUACUUGUCCAUAGUCAGAACUUUUUCCUCAAGACUACACCUCGAAAUCUAAUUAUUGGCCAGCGAGUUAAUCUACUGGACACUGUGACGACUCUAAUUAAGCCUCUUGAAUUGUUGGGUGUCAAGGCUUCUGAUUUAAUUCCAACGGAGGAUUUACCCAAUAAUACAUUUGGACUAAUUAACGGUAAAAAUUUCACUCGAAUGGGACCUUGGGAGGUUUACACAGGUAUCGAUGUACCAAAGGAAAUGUAUGCAGCCGCAGUUGGAUUUAAAAACGAAAGGUUAAUGAAACGAUGGGCUGGACCUGAAUGUAAUACCCCCAAGGGGACUGACGGAAUUCAAUUUCAACCCUUAAUUAACAGGACAACUAAAUUAACUGUUUUCGCCGGUGAUAUUUACAGAUCGGUUGAUUUGACUUAUGCUGAAGAUGCUGAUUACUUCGGGAUUCCCGUUUAUAAGUACGUUAUUGGACCUGAAGUAUUUGAUCCGCCGAGUGUUAAUCCCGACAAUGCUUGUUAUUGUGUCCACACUGGUAAAAAGAAAUCACGAUGUGAACACACUGGUAUCCUCGAUUGUACCGGUGGGUUUUCUGGGUCACCUUUUAUCGUUACCAGGCCACAUUUUCUUGACGCAGAACCAGAAAUCCAGCGACAAGUUGAAGGUUUGUCGCCAGACCGAGAGAAACAUGAAUUUUACCUUCUCAUUAAGCCUGAUCUUGGGGUACCUCUUUCGGCUAAAGGUCGAUUACAGUUUAACCUUCGGGUUGAACGGGUUCCAUUUCUUCGGGGUUUUAGUAAUAUUCGUGAUACAAUUGUUCCCCUGGGGUGGAUUGAAGAAGGAGGUGAUCUAGACGGUGCUUUGUAUUAUCUACUCAAGGGAGGUCUUAUUGUCGCUCCAAUGGUCACCACAGCGGGUUUCUAUUCCGCUGCUAUCGGUGGUUGGGCGGCUUUUAUGGGCGGUCUUAUUUACCUUGUUGCUCGUAAGUCUGGUAAAGGUAAAGUUGGAAAUGCUGAUAAAUUGUUUGCACCUCGAAUGUCGCCAACAAAAGAGGAAUUAAUCAAAGAUUCUGGUAAAGUUGAUCAAACGAAAAUGUCUCUUAAUCAACAACAAUCAACUAUGAAUGGAGUUUUAGUUCCUCUUGAUUAUAAUCAAUCGUCCGGAAUGUUAAACAAUACGUUGACAUUGGUCAAUGGGUCAGGUUAUAUUCCGUCAAGAGGAACAGGUCCAAUUUCAAUCAUACCAGUAAACUCUCAAGAAAUGUACACACCAUCACCGGUAAUUCAAUUUUAUCGACUUCCACCUCAAAUGAAUCAAAGUGGACAAUUCGAUCAGCUUUUAUUGACCAUACCCAAUGGGAAUAUUGAUACAGGAGGAGGAGGAGGAGGUGGUGGUGGAACAGUGCCCAAAAUAAUGUGGACUGAGAGACAAUCUAAGUCUGUAAAAGAAAGGACCGUAAAAGGCCGGGAAAAAAUGACUCGAGGCCGAAGUUUACCUCCUCGAGAAAAGGCCAGUCAACGAUCGAAGAGAAUUCAAGUGACCUCAAAGGAGACACAGGAUAGGUUUGUCCAGGUAGAUCGUGAUAUUAACGGCUUUCGGUAUGCGGAAAAAGAUGAUAUCAUAAAGAGCUACUCGGCUUCUCAGAAAAAUAAUUUACUCGAUAAUGAGAUAGUUUCUGAUAGUUUAGAUCAAUUGAAAAAUGAUGAUACCGAUAUAACUCUGAUAGAAAAUACGUAUGCAAAUAUUCAUGAAGAUGAGAAAAUUAGUGAAGAAUCAGAGGAAAAUAACUUGAAUAGAGAAAAAAAGCAAAUUGAUUCAAACGAGGUGAAAAUAAUUGUAGAAAACAAUCAGUUAGAAAUUGAAGAAAAAAGUCCAUUAAAACAGUUAGAAGGUGUAAAAGAUGAUGGAGAUGUUUACGAUCCAGUUUCUAAUGAAAAAGGCCUUGAGGCCAAUGGAAAAGUUGAAAAUCUUUAUGAUAACAGAUCGCAAUCGCCGAAAACGGAGCCAAUCUUACAAAAUGUAUCAGCCAAUCUUUUUGCCUCUUCUUCUCACAUUUCUCGGUCCCUAAUCGACAUGGUAAUCGUUGGGAAUCAAACAUCGGAUGUGGAAAACAAUCAAUCCCCUGAUAAUGAUACUGAUAAUUAUUACGAAAAUGUUGAUGGUGAUGAUGUUUACCAACAGGACAACAAACGACCUUCACUAGGAGAUGCUAUUGCUCGUAGUGUUUCGGCCACUUUACCUGGAACAUUUACUGUGGGUUCUAAGAAGAAUAGCGAAAAUCGAUCAACUUACUCGGCAGUUUCACGAUAUCAAUCAAUUGACCCUCGUGAAUCUGAAGAUGAUGAAGAUGAAGUGACCCUUUUCGAAAGGAACUCAACAACAGAAUCAGAAGCAGCAACACCUCAAAGCGGUUAUGAUACUACUGAGGAGAAACAAGAAGUAAAAUCUUAUUCAGCAAAGAGAGUUAACAACUUACCGGAAGUCGAGACACCAGAACGACUGGGAAGUCCAUCAUUUUCGAUGACUUUUCAAUUGGAUCACAAGCUUCUCGAACCUCUUCAGUUAAGAGUUUAAUUCAACCUCGAAACAACAAUAGACCAAGACGAGAACCAGAAGAGCCCAGAACAAAAUCAUCAUGUCUUAUAUCUUAACUCAAAGACGAUUUGAACUAAAAAAAUGUAGAAAAGAAAAUAUUAAUCUCUUAUUAAUUGAUUAAAUUGAGAAUCAAAUAAAUUAAAUGAGGAUGGUUUUUUGAUUAAA